AUGAGUAGGUACCUACCUAUACCUAUAAAUUUUGAGGUUGCCACAACCCGAAAUUAUUGUAUCCAUGAGUUAUUUGGUUUGACACUGUGUGGUCCGUUUCGUGCCGUAUUACUAUUUGAACAUUACGAUUUUAUCAUACUAACGUGUUUUACAUUUCAUCAAGCAGGCAUAACAAGGAGAGGAGCGGUUGUUUUGCUAUUAUCUAUCUUAGUCAUAUUUGCAUUUGACAAUGAUGAAAGUAGACAAAGAACGUUUCGUACCGGCCGACUAGAUCAUUCUAAAGGUUAUUUACAUCAUCAACUUUUCGCCCAUUUAUUCUACCGUUUAACAUCGUUAAUUCGCGUGGUUGACCACAAAGGUGGAGUAUUAAUUUUAUUAUUAACCUUAUUAUUAAGAUGUACAACAAACAAUUCAAAUUUAAAAUUAAUUCAAGAUGUUGGUGGUCCAAAGAGAUUUUACACUCUUCCUUUGAAAUCAUCAGAUGUUGAUAGUAGUUCGAUUGAAUUAACUGGUAAAUUUAUAACAUCUCUUCAGUCCAACCCGUAUAAUUCAAUUGUUCUAUUUUUCAAACAUAUUUUGAGUUAUUUCGACCAGCGUUUAAUUUUAGAUGGAUUUCAUAUGUUAUUUGAUUGUACAGCAUUAAUUAUGGGAUUAACGGCAUCACUCAUGUUAAGAUGGAAACCUACUCGAGUAUUUUCAAACGGUUAUAGCCGAGUGUAA